AUGCCCGCGAGCGCCAACGGCUCGAAGCACCCCGACCCGCGGGGGCGGCGGUUGCAGCACGACGACAUCACCCCGCGGCUGCAGGGCAAGUACACAGAGCUCUACUGGCCAGACGACGCGCUGUGGUAUCUCGUAUACAUUGACCGCAUCGACGUGCGCGCCAAGACGGCAAACAUCAUCUAUUAUCCGUCAGAGGAGCUGGAGGAGCUAGAUCUGGACGAGAUCGCAAAGGACGGCCACAUGGUGCUGCUGCCACAGGGGGGCCUGCAGUAG